CCUCAACACUAGGUCAAAUCAUUCAGCUUAUUAGGUUCAUGUAGAUAUAUCACGAUUUGAAAAGGGUCAGGCAGGCACCGGAACGCUCAUGUCCUCCCUAAUCCGCGAGUCCGAGGUCACCCGCCACAGCAACCGCAAGCCCCUCACGAUCCACGAAAUACUCGCCGAGAACAUGUAUGUAAUCAAAUUCGCUGGCCACGACACCGCCGCCAACACAAUGACGUACCUGAUGUUUCUCCUGGCUGCCUAUUUGGACAUCCAGGACUGGAUCGCAGAGGAAAUCCAGACGGUCAUUCCCAAAACCGAUCAGGGGAAUGCGGGUUACAAGGAGGCGUGUCCCAGGCUUAAGCGCUGCCUUGCUGUGCUGGACCUUCCCAAAUGCGUCGCCCCUGCCGAAACCACCCUGCACCUCCCCGAGAGUAACCGCACCCUCGUGCUCCCACAUGGAGCCGUCAUCUUACCCAGUCUCCUCGCAGUACAAACCCACCCCCGCUACUGGCCGGAUGAGCCGCAAGCCUGGCAUCCCCCACGAUGGAUCCAGACUUUGGACAAAGAGCAGCUCGCGCGCGAAAAGACCAUCGAGCCGCGGGCGGGAACUUCCAUCCCCUUGUCCGCCGGCGUGCAAGUUUGCGCAGGUCGAGACUGUGGCGGUCUUGGCUUCCCUCUUCCGCGGACAUCGGCUCCGGGUCGUGCUGCAAGAGGGAGGGGACUUUACGGCGGCGCAGAAGCGGCUUGUGGCCAAGACUUUGGAUACGCAUCAGCUGCUGGUGAUUCAGAUGCGGGAUCCGGAUAGUGUCAAGUUUGUUUGGGAGUAUGUGGGGUCAAAAGUGGGUGGGAGCUUGUUGUAAAUACGUUCAAGUAUGAGGUGGUAUUUGUAUAGAAUGAGUGAAAGGAGACAGCUGCUGAAUUGUGUUUGACUAGUGCUUUUAGCAUUGCCUGCGCAAUAUUGCCUGAACAGUUCUUUGAUGAGCAUGGCAUGUGUGGAGAUGGCACCUCUGUCGCAUGGUAGAUAUCAUUGUGUUUCUGUCGGGAUGCGUGACAGAUUACUCUGUGACAGUUGACAGUCGGUUUGUGAAGCAGGAAGGAAUUUUCUGGUUCAGAUAUAGUACAGCAGUAAAUAGAGAGCGACAGAGCGACAUAUCGAUGGAUGAUUGAAUAAACGAUAAGUUAAC